UGCGUUGACAGAUGACGAUAAGCUAUACUGCACGCUCACCAUUUACACAUCCAACGUGCAACGUUAACAUCAGAGAGCAGUUAAAGCAGUACACAAUGUCAAUCGGUAACUGUUCGUUUAAAACAUUAUGUAAAAACGCGAAAGGAUUUCUUAACGCAUACAUACAUAUUUUGCCGUUUGAGUUUUUACUAGUCAAGAAGAAGUUCUGUGGAACUUAAACACGAUUGAAAGGCAUUUUCAUAGCAAAUUAAAUUAAACGAUGUUGCUAUCAAGUGAACUUACCAAGCCAUAUAAAUCGGAUAAUCCAGCCUCAAAAUUACAACCAAAUGUAAGUUUUAUUGAUCAUGUAUAUGACGAUCAAUCUGCAAGCAGAUGUUUUGAACUAUCAGAUGAAGUUCGUCCAGAGAAAGUGCGUCAAGAAGGCAAUGGACUAAGUGUCAUAAGAAGGGUAAUAGAAACAUUAUCUUCCGUACCUGUAGAAGAAAACGAUUGGUGUUCAAGGUUUUCAAAUCAGUUGUAUGAUGCAUUGGACUGUUUGGGAUACAGUUUAGAUAUGAUAGAUGUAAGACGAAAGGCAUAUAGGUUUCUAAACGAACAGUCUAAACUGCUGAAAGUUGUAGGAAGCAAAGCUGAUGGUUUAACUGCUGAAUAUGAAAGCGAUAAAGAUUGUUUGAUGAUUUCUAACGAAAUAAUUGCCAGAGAAGCCGGAACCGAUAUAAAACCACCGUUUAUUCCAGUAUGUGACAUGGUUACUGAAUUUACUGAGCCUGGCCAUGUGAUGUUAGCACUGCAUAAAAAAGCAUUUUUUUGUGACAAUCCGUAUGCAGACGAGUCAUUAUAUAUUUUGAUUGCAGGGACAAAAUAUCUAUCUAGUGGACUUUGUAAACAACGCAGUUUCAAAAUAAUGAUUGAGGCAAGCCAUGAUUACAAUGAAGUUGAGGUAGGAAUAGCUGGGCCUUCUAUCAACGUUGGUACAAAAUUUCAUAGCUGUGACUCUGUCGUUGCUAUCAGAGGUAUAUGCCCAAACGUGUUAAAGAGUUGGGCCGAAAGAGAUCGGGUGAACGACUGGCCAUCGCGAGACGUUAAAGAAGAAAUAUUACAAACGGAAGUUCAGCUUGUUCCUACUGGAAUCAACGGAAGUCUAUACGAACAUUGCGAAUGGCGCCUAUGUUUCAUUCCAGCUGAACAGAUACUUACAUCCAAUUUAAAUGAAACCCUGAUUAAGGCUUACGUAGUUUUGAAAAUGAUAGCGAAACACAUUCUGAAGAGUGUCUGUGUAGGCGUCUCCUCGUUUAUGCUUAAAAACAUUAUAUACUGGGUCGCAGAAAUGUUUCCACAGGGUAUCUUUACAAAAAGCUUCCUUUACAAUACAGUCAGUAUAGGACUACAGAUUCUGUUAAAGUGCGUACAUGAAGAAGACUCUUUACCGUACUAUAUGAUACCAGAUCGAAAUUUAUUAUCCGGUAAGGUAUUAUCAGGUGAUAGACAAAGGUUAUCAACUGUCCUCCAAAAUCUAAUACUGUUCAAACAGCAAUUUGUUCACAAAAUACCUAAACUGCAUUAUACAUUGAUAGGGCUAGUCACAUUUAUGCCAGAUCCUCAGCGCAAUCAAAGGGACAUACUGAACACAUUAUUGUUAGCAAAGAAAGCUAGUAUGACAUAUUUUGAAAACCUGGGCCUAAGUAAAGAAGAAACACAGAAACAGAUGGACAAGGAUGAAUUAUAUCAAUUGAUUGUGUAUCACCUCGCUAAUAUUGUCAUUCCGGAGUGGACAUCUUUCAAAGAUAUAAGCAAAUCCAUGGAAGUGUUUUCUGAACGGUUUUCGCAAAGAAUGUAUAACAUUGACGUAUAAUUAUGUAAUUAACAUGUUAGUGAUGUAGAACAUAAUGUAUAACAUGGGUGUAAAUUUCUAAAAACUAUCUCGCAUUGCUGAUGUAUACCAGAAUGAAUAACAUGUACAUAUACUAUUUACGUAUUGUAGAGAAAUAAUUACAUCACUUACGCAUACCAUAAUAUACAUGUUCUUCAUUAUUUUGAAUAUUAAAUUAUAAAUAGUAAUUAUAUAAUAAUAAAUAGAAAAAACUC